CCUCAAUUCUCAAAUACUGUCGGAAAAUAUAUAUACAAGUAAUGUACUUUCCGCACCUCUAUGCAAUUUCGGCACAAAUAUUGAACAACAACAUACUAUAUACUACUACUCAAACUAGUAAAAUUAAUUUCUUCAUUUUUUCAAUUUUGGCAAAAUCUUGAUAGUAAUAAUGAACUCAAGAUUCCGAGUGAAGGAGGAGUUUGAGUCAUCUGAUCCAGAGCCUCCACAACCGACGGAGGGGCUGCAUGAAGCCGGGCCGCCGCCGUUUCUGACCAAGACCUUCGACAUGGUUGACGACUCCUCCACCGCAAACAUCGUUUCUUGGAGCAGAGGCGGCCACAGCUUUGUUGUUUGGGAUCCUAACGCAUUCGCAUCUCUGCUCUUGCCUGCCUACUUCAAGCACAACAACUUCUCUAGCUUCGUCAGACAGCUCAACACAUAUGGGUUCAAGAAGAUCGAUUCCGAGAAAUGGGAGUUCGCAAAUGAGGAGUUUUUGAGGGGCCAAAGGCAUCUCUUGAAGAACAUUAGGAGAAAAAAGGCAGAGGCGGUCGAGCAAGACGGCGAGGCUGACCGGCUGAGGCGAGACAAGCACGUGCUGACGAUGGAGCUGGUGAAGCUGAGGCAGCAGCAGCAGAGCAACAGGUUGUACCUUCAACAAAUGGAGCAGAGAUUGGAAGGAACAGAGAAGAAGCAGCAGCAGAUGAUGAGAUUCUUGUCCAAGGCAAUGCAGAAUCCUGAUUUUAUGAAUCAGUUGGUGCAGCAGAGGGACAAGGGGAAGGAUCUGGACCAGGACGUCUCUAUUAAGCGGUCGAGGCUGAUUGAGGAUAUUGCAGGGAUGGGGACGAGUCGAAAUGACAAAGGGCUGAAUAAAGAUGUUAAGGUCGAGGUUGGUGGAUUUGAGAUGUCCGAGCUCGAGACGCUCGCCCUGCAAAUGCAGCGUCUGGGGAAGGCGAAACUGGCGAGCGAUGGCGAGGGUUCGAAUUUCGAGCAGCUCGCGAACUACGAUAGAGAGCUGGACGAGGGAUUUUGGAAGGAUUUGUUUGAUCAGGAAUUUGAUGAGGAAAAGAGGGAUGAAGAUGGAUAAGAUGCAUAGGAAUGGGUUUAAUUGUAGUGAUGUGGCUCAUUAGGUUUAAAAUAUUUGGAUGAAAUUCUGUAGUGAGAUUAUGGUUAGUUAUAAUCAUCGAGGGAA